GCUGCGCAAUGUCAACAGUAGACCAUCAAAGCGUGUAAGAGAAGGAAGGAUACAUCUUAGCACAGACAGGGAUUAUUUCCUGAUUCUUUUAUAUCUAUUUCACUCAACGACACAGACACGGGAUGCCUUUCCUCGGACAGGACUGGAGGUCUCCGGGUCAGAGUUGGGUUAAGACUGAAGAGGGAUGGAAAAAGACAACAGCAGAGGACAAAAACAACAAUGUGUCCGUGGAGAGAUUCUGCAAAGCUGAGGAGGAGGAGGAGUGUUUCAACAAGGAGAACCUGCUGCUCUCCCUCGGUUAUGACAUGGCUGCCAAGAAGAGGAAAAAAGACCUGAUGAACAACAACAGCAAAGUCCCCUAUUUCCACAGGGAAAAGUGGAUUUAUGUUCACAAAGGAAGCACCAAAGAGCGCCACGGAUAUUGUACGCUGGGAGAGGCCUUCAACCGCUUAGAUUUCUGCAGCGCCAUCAAGGACACCAGGAGAUUUAAUUACGUUGUCAGACUCCUGGAGCUUAUCGCCAAGUCCCAGCUCCCCUCGCUCAGCGGAGUGGCGCAGAAAAACUACAUGAAUAUUCUGGAGAGGGUGGUACAGAAAGUUCUCGAUGACCAGCAAAACGUCCGUCCCAUCAAGGAGCUGCUGCAGACGCUCUACUUCUCGCUGUGCAUUCUUGUUCAGGACAUGGGCAAGUCAGUGCUGGUGGGGAACAUCAACAUCUGGGUGCACCGCAUGGAGAACAUCAUGCAGUGGCAGCAGCAGCUGGACAACAUCCAGAUCAACAGGCCCACAUCUACAGGCAUGACUCUGACCGACCUGCCUGUCAGUCUACAGCUGAACAUCAUGCAGCGUCUGUCUGACGGCAGAGACCUGGUCAGCCUGGGUCAGGUGUGCCCUGAGCUGGGCUCCCUCACCGAGGACCGGCUGCUGUGGAAGAGACUCUGCCAGCACCACUUCACAGACAGACAGAUCCGAAAGCGCCUGAUGGUGUCAGAUAAAGGUCAGCUAGAGUGGAAGAAGAUGUACUUUAAGCUGAGCCGCUGCUAUCCUCACAGAGAGCAAUACAGUGACACCCUGCACUUCUGCACACACUGCCACAUCCUCUUCUGGCAGGACACAAAACAUCCCUGCACUGCCAACAACCCAGAAAGUUGCACCGUGUCGCUCUCUCCUCAAGACUUCAUCAACCUCUUUAACUUCUGACCCCCCCCUCAAACCCCCAUGAACUGACUGUACAUACUGUACAUAGAGAUGUACAAUGUUGUUUUUCUUUUAUAGCACAAUGGAUCCCUGGAUGUGUAUUUAGUUGAAGUAUGACUGGAGGCAGCGGGAAAAUUAUGCAAUCAAGUUUGUUUUGAUAGUGCACAGAGGCCUCCGGGUGAGUUCACUGUGAGAGCGAGUGAGUGCGACGGAGAGGAGAAGAGAUGUAGCAGCAGUCAGCAUGUGGACGGAGGAGGGCAGAGGAGUGGAGAAAGGGAGGAGCUGUCGGAGUUAAGACUACGUUUACUGAUUUUGAAAAUGACACCUCCAAAGUAAAAACACAACUUUUGACCUUUUUAGAUGUGUUCUUAAUUUUUUUUCCCAAAUUUGAAGAAUGUGGUUUUAUUUUACUUUGUUUCAAAGCUUUUAAUAGUUUUUUUGUGUGUCAACACAAUAAGUAGGAAAAUUAAGUUUCUUCAAAGUUUGUUCUAAAUUAAAAGGCCGGCUCACAUGUUGAGAUGCAAUGUGUUUGCAAUGUGUUGAUGAUGAGGAAAGGUUCAGCAGGGAAGGAGAGAAGUGAAGCUUGAGUUACUGCAGAGCCUGGGAGACGAUGAAUGUAAGGACGGAGUUAGCAGCUGAUUUUUCUGAGUGAGAUUUCUUUGUAGUCACACCGCAGUAUGUUUUUCUAUCUUCCUUGUUGUUUUUCACUUUUAUAAGAUUUGAUAUGACUUUUUUAAACUUCGUUGUGUGUUAAUUUUCCGCUGUGGCUGCUGAAGCGACAGCACCUGAGUGCAGUACUACCAAAAAUAUCCGAGUCAGUAGAACAAUGGUGUGUGUGCCUUCUCAUGAAACUUGAAACUGGUACAGCUUCCUCAUGGUUUGUGUUCUCAGAUCCUGACGCUGUCUUGUUUUUCCAUCACCAGCAAAUGUCUCACUCAUAGACAAGUGUUAACAAGACCUGACUUACCAAAAUUGACUGUUUGCAACAUGUCACUUUUACUGUAGCCUCCUGCAUGUUUUUUUAACACCCAGCUAAAUGAGUUUACUUAUUUAUUUAUUGAGUUAAAGGCAAGUGUCUCAGUGUGCACUAUUGGGUUUGAAGGAAUGGGAAUAUAGGACUAAAGGUACAAUUUGACCCAGACUUUGCUGUAUCACUGUCCAGACAGUGGGAAUGAUGUACAUGCUAUGCAAUGCGUUCUGUUCAUGUUCUGUUGAAUAAAUAAAAGAAAAUAACUUCAA